GGGGCGAACUGCUACAGAGUUAACAGCCAUCCAACACACGCACACACAGAGUGCACCAAGAGUUCAAGAGCGCUAGUGUGCGUUUAACUACAAUUAAGGGGAGGGUUCAGUUCAGUAUUCAGUUCUUCCAUUUCUUUUCUUUUGGUCGGGACGAGGUUGAGCGAGUGUCAUACUUUCGCUUACUUUUCUCUGUGCGUCAGGCAAUUAAGGAGAGUGACGCUGCUGUGCACCGCGCGCGCAUGUGUUGCUUGUGAGAGGAGACGGGGUUGAGUGCGCAGGGUUGCAGAAAAGGACAGACUGAAAACGGAACAAGACCACUUCAUACACCAUGAAGACAGAGGACUCUGUUAAUCAGAGUCUAAAUGACAUUGGGGCUGUGCACUACAUGUCUGGCAGUAGUUAUGGCAGCAAAGGGAAGAGGAUUAAGGUACUAUCCUAUCCAGGGGUCCCAUUAGUGGGAUUGAUGUUGUUGGCCACCCUCCCUUUUGGAGCAAGCAUCAAACAAAGUGUCCCCAGGGUCAAACUCAGCCACAGGGAACUGCUGCAAGCCGGCAGUGUAUCUCUGUUUUUGGGCCCCUCUGAUGGCCUCCACUCCCACUCGCUGCUGUUGGAUGAGGAAAGAGGUCGUCUUCUGUUGGGAGCCAAGGAUCACAUCUACCUGCUUGACCCUGACAAUCUGGCCAGAGCCCCCAGAAAGAUUCACUGGCCUGCUUCCCGGGACCAAGUCGAAAUGUGCAAACUGGCCGGCAAAAAUGCAAAUUUGGAGUGUGCUAAUUUUGUCAGGGUCCUGCAUAACUACAAUCGGACACAUGUCUAUGCCUGUGGGACAGGAGCCUUCCACCCCAACUGUGCUUUCAUUGAAAUCACUGGCCGUAGACAGGAUGGUGUGUUCCAACUGCUGUCUAGUACAGUGGAGUCUGGCAGAUUGAAAUGUCCUUUUGAUCCCUUGCAGCCAUUCACCUCAGUCCUCACAGAUCAGUACCUGUAUGUGGGCACAUCUUCAGACUUCCUGGGCAAAGACACAACGUUCACACGCUCCCUUGGCCCUCCACCUGAUCAGCACUACAUACGCACAGACAUCUCUGAAGACUACUGGAUCAAUGAGGCUAGGUUUAUAUCUGCUCAUCCCAUUGCAGACACCUACAAUCCAGAUGAUGAUAAGAUAUACUUUUUCUUCCGUGAGAUGUCGUGGGAAGGAAACGACAAGAGCAUCCUGUCCAGAGUGGCUCGUGUGUGCAAGAAUGAUGUGGGUGGGCUGAGGAGUCUGACCAAUAAAUGGACCACCUUCCUCAAAGCCAGACUUGUGUGUUCUAUCCCUGGACCAGACGGAGUGGACACACACUUUGAUGAGCUCCAGGACAUCUUUCUACUCCCUACCAGAGAUGGCAAAAACCCCACAGUGUAUGCAGUCUUCACCACCUCCAGCUCCAUUUUCCGUGGAUCAGCAGUGUGUGUGUACAGUAUGGCAGACAUAAGGGCUGUGUUUAAUGGACCUUACGCCCACAAAGAGGGACCCGACCACCGAUGGGUAGAAUACGAGGGGAGGAUACCGUAUCCCCGACCUGGAACGUGUCCCAGCAAGACAUAUGAUCCAAGGAUCAAGACCACCAAAGACUUCCCAGAUGAGGUGGUCAGUUUCAUUCGAUUUCACCCUCUUAUGCAUCGCUCUGUCUACCCUCUGACUGGCCGACCUGUGUUCACACGUGUGCGAGUGGACUACACCUUGACUCAGAUUGUGGUGGACAGAGUUUUGGCAGAGGAUGGACAAUAUGAGGUCAUUUUCCUGGGAACAGAUGCUGGCUCAAUUCUGAAGGUGGUGAGCAUCACUCAAGAGAACUGGUCAACAGAGGAAGUGGUGCUUGAAGAACUUCAAGUUUUUCAGGUUCCCACUCCCAUCCUCAGCAUGGAGAUGUCUUCUAAACAGCAACAGCUCUACGUCGGUUCAAGUCAAGGCCUGGCCCAGGUUUCACUCAGUCGAUGUCACCUGUAUGGUCAGGCCUGUGCUGAAUGCUGCCUGGCACGAGACCCCUACUGCGCCUGGGAUGGACACACAUGCUCACAAUACAUCCCUGCAUCCAAGAGGCGGGCCAGAAGACAGGACAUAAAGCAUGGCGACCCGGCCAGUCAGUGCUGGGACACAGAAGACAGACUUCUUGGAGGACCUGUGGAGGAGCGGGUCCUCUUUGGGGUGCGGAGUAACUCCACCUUUCUCGAGUGUAUCCCCAAAUCUCAACAGGCCCAGAUCCGGUGGUACAUACAGAGACCUGGAUCUGAACGCAUGGAGGAGGUCAAGCUGGAUGACCGUGUUGUACACACAGAUCGAGGUCUCCUGAUUCGCUCCCUCUACGUCUCUGAUGCUGGUGUGUAUCUCUGCGUGGCUCAAGAGCACACACACUUCACCCACACUCUCCUCCGGCUCACGCUGCAACUUGUUACACAUGGACAACUGGAUGGGAAGCCCAAGCCCACUGAAACCCCCGUGGUGGAGCUACGCCACGGCGCUGAGUCCCGCCAGCGUUAUAAAGACUACCUGAGAGUGAUGAGCUCUCCCUUUGCCUCUCUGGAGGAGUACUGUGAUUCACUGUGGCUGGAGAAGAGACCGUCAAGGGUGCGAGGACGAGGCUUAGGAGUUGGCAAAUGGAAAUAUAUCCAGGAAAUGAAGAAGAGCAGGAACAGGAGAAACCACAGAGAGAGGGGGGAAGAGGGAGGAAAACAGGAAAAAGGGAGGGUGGUAAGGACAGCAACGCAGUAAGGGAUGUGGUAAGAAAACAUCACCGGUUCGAUAGACGUGACACAGAACUGUAAAAUUGCAAUGACAGAUCAAGAGCAAGCAAAAUCUAACUCAUGAAAGACCCCAGCACGAAAGACUAACAGUGAAAUACAGUUCAAGAAUUCAAAAUAAAUAAAUAUUAACUUCAACAAGCAAUUUAAAAUAGUAUUGUUGUGAAUAUGUAACUUCAUUCAUCUGCCAGCUACAGUAUGAAAGAAAAUGUUUUUUUCAGGAAAAAUAUCAGUUCAGUGAUUUUCUCUGAAUCUUCCUUCUUAAUUUUACAGCAAAUUCCAAAAGGAAAAUGGUUUAAAUGAUCUGGAUACAACUGAGAUCAUUAUUCUGUCCUGUUUGCAGAUAACAUGUUUCAAAGAAAACAACAAAAUAGACUAAAUAACAAUGGUUUUUGCAACAUGUAAAACAGUAAAUUUUGCAAAGUCAUCCAUUGACUUCUAUUUCAGCUACAGUGCUACUGGAGAUGAGCUGACCAGAUGAAGAAUUGCAACAUGGCUGGUCUUUCCUACAGCUUUCACUGGCAAAGUUUUAUUUUCCCCAACAGUACAGACUGAUGGUUAAUAGAGGUUAUCAUUUGAUGAUAUUAAAACAUAUGGUUGACUUGGUGAGAUUGGGAAAAUAUACAAACACAAAUUUGCUUGAGGUGACGACAAUGCAUUCAUGUUGAAUGACUGUAAAUAUUGAUAUAACAUGUACAGGAGAUACAGCAUGCUCAAUUUAGUCUUAUUACUGAUCUGUACGACUAUAAUGAUAAUCAUGUAUUAUGUUUGGACCGACAAAAUGACAUAUUUUUGUAUAAAUGUUUCACUCCUAUGUACUGUAGAUUCUUUUUUUUGCUGUUUUUGGAAGUUAUUUAAAUACAUUUGUCUUGGAGCCUCUGUUCCCUGAAUUGCUUGCUUACAUUCUGUGAAGAGAUAAAAUCAAUAUACAGAAAAUCUAUUACUGUAAAAGUGGUCUCAAGCAGACAGCAGACAGGCUGAGAAUGGGUUAGGGUUACUUCAGCUGAGCCUCUCCUGAUAUAGCAACACGAGUCCCUGUACACUGUAUGCAGAUGUCAGAAUGAUUCAGGACCAGCUGGUCUCUUGUUUAGUGUUAGUGUGUGUGUGUGCGUUUGCGUGCGUGUGUGUGUGUGUGUGUGUGUGUGUGUGAACGAGAGAGAGGAAGUAGACGCCUUCAGGAGAAACCAUGCAAAAUAUGAAAGCUUGUGAUCAAACUAAACAUGUUACAGGUUUCCUAGAAUAAACUGAUAAAGCUGUAAAGGCAUCAACAUUAGUGGCAUGAGUGUGAAAAGCAAGCAUUAUGCAACCCAAUGUGUCUGACCUGAGUAGUAUUUUUAGACUUACAUAAUAAUUUAGAUGAUAUUAUACACAGUGCUUGGAUAUAAUGCUGACAACAAUAUGACAAUGAUCUUAAUGUCACAGACAUUAUCAGAGUCAUUGGAGUACUCUGUUUUAACUGAGUUAGUGGUAACCUCUUAAAUUUGAUUUUGGGGUAGCUGCAGAAAUACUGCAUUUAUCAUACUGCAUUUCUCCCAUACUAAUAUAAAGAUAUAAAAAAACAAUAUUUCUCAAUAGCCUUGUAACUCUUUUACUGGUCUCAUAUAUGGGCCUCCCCCAUUACACAACUAUUACUGUAUCUGGUGAAAUGAUCAGCAUUUUAUGGCCUACAGAAACCUCCAUGCCUCCCAUUUCAUUAUGUUUACUUGCCCUCUAUAUACAUAUGUACGUACGAACAGAAUUUAAGUCUCCCAUUUUGAGUUUCUCCACAGUGAUUUCUCCUUGUUUCUUGUAACAAAGACAAUAAAUAUUUCAAGCACUG